AUGGCAUCGUGUCAACAAACAGGACUGAAUUACUUUGAACAGCUGAUCCCUCCCUCCCCACUCCACCCCACACCUCUCUCCCCUUCUCAACUCAUUAUCCCCACGGCUGCAGCCCUUCUCGCAGCGUCGUUACCUGGUGCUGCUCCGUCACUGCCGCCAGCACCAGGUAGCGGCGCUGGGAGAGGGGCUUCCCCCGCCUUCUCUCCUCUUUCCUGCCCUCUCUCCUCUUUCCUGCCCUCUCUCCUCUUUCCUGCCCUCUCUCCUCUUUCCUGCCCUCUCUCCUCUUUCCUGCCCUCUCUCCUCUUUCCUGCCCUCUCUCCUCUUUCCUGCCCUCUCCUCUUUCCUGCCCUCUCUCCUCUUUCCUGCCCUCCCUCCUCUUUCCUGCCCUCUCUCCUCUCUCUCCUCUUUCCUGCCCUCUCUCCUCUUUCCUGCCCUCUCUCCUCUUUCCUGCCCUCUCUCCUGCUUCCUGCCCUCUCUCCUGCUUCCUGCCCUCUCUCCUGCUUCCUGCCCACUCUCCCCGUUGUUGCAGCCUUCUCCCAGCGGCGCUACCUGCCCUUCGCCAAGCGGCGCUACCUGGUGCUGGCGGCAGUGACAGAGCAGCUGAGCAACGCGCGGGUUCACCUGGUGGAGGCGGCCAGGCUGGCACAGCGGACAGGGCGGAUCCUGGUGCUGCCUAAGGGAGCCAACAGCCGCAUCUCCCUCGGCCGGCCCCUCCCCAUCUGCUCCUACUGGGACAUUGCCCGCUUUACCCCGUACGAGUGGGUGUCUCCGGAGUUCUACCUCCUCGCAGCGCGGGCCACCCUCACGCGCCCGUCCGUGGGGUUCGUGUGGGUGCAAUCGCCCAACAUGAUCGUGAAAGGGCCGGGAGUGAUGGGGGGUGGGGCGGGACAGGGGAGUGAUGGGGGUGGGGCGGGACAGGGGAGUGAUGGGGGUGGGGCGGGACAGGGGAGUGAUGGGGGUGGGGCGGGACAGGGGAGUGAUGGGGGUGGGGCGGGACAGGGGAGUGAUGGGGGUGGGGCGGGACAGGGGAGUGAUGGGGGUGGGGCGGGACAGGGGAGUGAUGGGGGUGGGGCGGGACAGGGGAGUGAUGGGGGUGGGGCGGGACAGGGGAGUGAUGGGGGUGGGGCGGGGACAGGGGAGGGAGUGAUGGGGGUGGGGCGGGACAGGGGAGUGAUCGGGGGUGGGGCGGGACAGGGAGUGAUGGGGGUGGGGCGGGACAGGGGAGUGAUGGGGGUGGGGCGGGACAGGGGAGUGAUGGGGGUGGGGCGGGACAGGGGAGUGAUGGCGCCACUGCUGGUGCAUGCGCUGGGGCAUGUGCCGUGCGCCAGCAACACUCUGGAUGUCGCCAUGCCUGCUCGCAGCGACGCUGUUAUCAACAUGCUGCAUCCGUGGUGA